AUGCAGCAGCAGCUACCGGAAGGGCGAGAUUUACCUGAGCAGCAGCAAGACAACACACAGCCGCAGCCACUGAGGACUAUGACUCCGUUGACUCCUCGGAUGGCACCUACACAGUGGCAGGGAGAAGGCAAUGAGUGGGAGCAACCUGGUGUGGGUAUGGUGCAAGAUCCUAGAGGGCAAUGGUUUGUUUACAACCGGUUUGCGUCCCAAAGUGAUCCUCCUCCUUUACCACCAGGUUUGCGAGAUGAGUCGGAGCGUACGGGCAUGUGGUCGGGUUUGGCAAGAGCGGGCCAGGCCUUGAGAAGACGAAUGAUUGGCUCGGCGGCAUCAUCGCCGCAUCCUCCCUCGGAACCAUUGCCACCUCAGCAAGCGAGUCUCAUGCAACCCUCAAUGGCUAGAGCUAUGUAUGAGUGGACUGCGCGAACCUCUUUGAUCAGCCCAGGUCCUCACCCACCGCGUCAAGGUCAGGACCAGAUGAGUAACACCAGUUCGAUACCGCAAGAGCUGAUCAUGCAGGAGGUUCGCAACCAGGUUCGUGAAGCCAUGAGGGAGAAGGAGCUUGAGAUGAACAGUUUGAAGGGCCAGAACCGUGAGCUGCAGGAAGCCCUCCAGAGCUCUUUGAAGGCUUUGGAAACGGCGCGCAGGGGCGGUGAGGAUCGUGGCCAAGAACGCUCUCCAUGGGCUCCCGUGGAACUUCGAGGCAAGGAACCUGAAGGGCAAGGCGGGCAAGGAGAGCGGGGGCGUCUACAUGAUCUUCGUGAGCACCGCCUACGGCAAGAACAGCUGGAAGGAAAUCUCCCGGGAUCGGGCCUGACACGAGAUGUGGGCAAUCGAGGAGGAGAUCCUACCGGUCUUCGUUAUGGGGAUGUUGGAAGCUCGGGCACCAGAGCUCAAGGGGCCGAUGGUGAUGAGCCCAGGCGACCCAUGAUGGAGGGAGAACGAGGUGACCCAGGGGAUCCUCUACAAGUGUUGGCCCAGGGCAUGCGCCAAUUGCAGUUGGCGUACAUGGGCAAGUCUGAGAAGGACUCCGAUGUGAAGGGCAACGUUGAUGUGCCAGCGAUGCCGGAGGUGGGCACUGAGAGUGCCGUUGAGUUCUCGGACUGGGUGUACGAGACAGAGCAGGCUGUGGGAAGCCUAUCGGAUCAGGCUUCAACCUGGUUCGGUGCGUGCUUGGAGUUAGCCAGAAGGACGUAUGAUGAGUAUGUCAAUGCCACCCCGAUUGAGCGGUUGACCUUGGAUGUUGUGUUGCCGGAAGAGUUGAGGGCGCCACGCUGGGCCAGGCUCGAGAAGAAGGUGAUGAUGCUCCUUUUGGGAGCGAUGACCAGGACUGCGAAGGACGAUGUGAUCACCCAUCGGGUCAGGACGGUGCCGGGGGUUUUGUACAGGAUGCACGUGCUUUACCAACCCGGAGGGGCGUCAGAGCGAGCGGCAAUCCUACGUCAGCUCGAGGGCAAAGCAAUGGGAGAAGGAGUUCAUGAUUGCAUAGCAGCCCUACGAAAAUGGAGAAGGUAUCUUCAGAGGGCAGAGGAGAUGGGUGUGACGAUUCCGGACGCGAGCAUCCUUUUAAAGAGUGUGGAGCUGAUCAUUGAGCGGGCCUUGGAGGUGAAUGGAGAUGUCAAGUUUCGGUUAUCGUUGGUCAAGAAUGAACUACAAGUGCAGAGUCGACCCACUACCGCUAACGUCAUCCGCUUCUACAACCACGCCUUGGCCGAACUCCAACAAUCAGCACCAUCGCCAGCGGCUCCAGUCGAGUCUACAACACAGGAGCCGGCAUCGUCAUCUUCUACAAUGUCAAGAGAAGAGGCCAGAGCAGCAGAGGAAGGCCAGGUGAAGGCCCUUCUCCAGGAAGCGAAUGCGAUGCUGAGCAAGCUUGCCAAGCUGACGCCCAUCAAGGUUGUCUCGGACGAAGAGCUGGAGGAGAUGACCUUGGCUAUGAGCUCCUUGGAGAAUCCAAGGGACGAACGAGCAGGCCUUUUGGACACUGGUGCGUCACACUCGUUUCGUGUGCCGGUGAACCUCGAUGAGGAAGCUACAGCCGUACCGGUCAAGGUGGAAUUAGCGGGAGGACAAUACAUCACCCUGAAGCAGAACAGGGCGGGAACGCUCUUGGCUACCAAAGAUGUGGAAGGUGCUGUGGACUCCACUCCUAUAAUACCGCUUGGGGCCUUGGUGCAACAGUUGGGUUGUGAUUUGUCCUGGACGAGAAGCAGGGGGUUGAUAGUAUCUCACCCACAGUUUGGAGAACUACGCACUUUUGUCCGAGGAAACCACCCGAUGAUUGGAGAAACUCAAGCCCUCGCCUUGAUCGCGCAGCUGGAGGACGUGAAGCUUAGAGAGCUUGAAAACAACGUGGCGGGCACCUAUGUCAAGAUGAUGGACAUUGAAAAGGCAAAGGAGUGGGACGUGUGCAUGGCUAAGUACGCCCAGACAGGUCAAAGAAGUCACGCGCUGGAGGCCCUGGUUUCCGGGUACUCCCCAAUGGGCCCCCUGACACCAGAGAUGGCGGCGCUGAUUGCCAUUGAUGUGAAGAUGGACAACAAGAGUGCGUGGAACUACGUCAAGGCACUUCCCAUUCGCCGUUCGUUGAGGGAGACUAUGAUGGAAAAACGGUGGGCUGUGCGCCUCUUUGCUCAAGAAGGGGACACCGAGGUCAAAGCCUUGGACUCCGGAGAGGUGAUCUUUGUGGACAUCAAUGUGAACCGGAGCAAGCUAUUCAACCUACGUGGAGAGAGCCCAGCGUACAAGGCUUUGAUGUGGGCAGCUUUGAACGGAAGGAUCGAGGGCUUGUUUGGCGCGGUCCCUAGCAACUUUGGUGAGGAGCUGAGAACCAAGAUGAUGUGGCUUUGGAUGGUUACCAAGGUUGUGAACCAGAGCUGUGAUCUCCUGCCACCGUACCUUGCUAUGGGGGGUAAGGACAAUGAGGUGUUCUGGACCAGUGAGCAAUGGAAGGCGUUUCAACAUGAACACCAGCUGCCUUUAACGCAGGCCAUCGACCCCAACAGCGGCAAUGCGUUUCUGGUGGCUACAAACCUACAGCUACCAACGGAGAGACCAGCAGACGGCGUUCGCCUUCGGCAUUCAAGAACGUGGACUCCCGUCUUCUACCAAAACCUCGUGGAGGCCAUUAAGCACUGGCGGCGGUUCCCCAAUGGUUUGGCGAUCUCAAGGAUGAUAAAGAAGAUGGAUGGUCCCUUGCAUUCCAUGACGGAGGCAGAGAAGGCGAAAUGGAUGCGACAUCUACGAAACAACCACUUGCCGUUCGAGAAGAGGUGCAGGACCUGCAUAGAAACCAGUGCAACCGGACGAGCACACCGGAGGGUUAUCGCCCCAUCGUGCUAUGUGCUGUCAUUGGACCUGUGUGGACCCUUUCGUGUAAAGGGGGAAUACGCGGGGGCAAGGGGCUACAAGUACGCCUUGAUCGGUGCCUAUGUGAUGCCGAAGCUCAGUGGCUACAAGGAUGCACCAGUCGAAGAACCCGACCCUGAGGAGGAGGCGGCUCUUGAAGAAGAUGAUUGGAUGGAGGAGAUCCCACAAGGAGAAGAGCCGUUGGAUCCAAAGGAUGAGGCGGAGCUCAAGAAGUCAAAGGAGCGCUAUGAGGAGCUCUUGAAGGGCAUUGGCGAUUCUAUGGAGUAUCAGGUCCUCCACUAUGCGAUCCCGUUGAAGACUCGACUUAUGAGAGAUGUGGACAUGGCAGUGAAAACUCUUUACCUACAACUGAGAGCAGAAGGCCUACCUGUUACUCGUGUUCAUAGUGAUCGCGCAAGAGAGUUGAGAGGAGCUGAUCUACGAGCGUGGCUACUUCAUCGAGAUGUGCUCCCUACAUGUGGUGAGGCCCAAGUUCCUCAGACCAAUGGAAGAGCAGAGGCGGCUGUGAAGCAAGCAAAGAAGAGGGCGAAAACCUUGUUGAUGUCAGCAGGGUUACCGCGGGCAUGCUGGCCGUGGGCAAUGGCUUAUGGAGCAUACCAGCAGAGAGAGUUUGCUUUGUCCCGGGGGGCUUCGGUCAUUCCGUUUGGGUCACCUGUCCACGUUCGGAACAAGGUCUUCGGCACGGGAGACAAACAUGACUUGGACAGUCGCUGGAAGGAAGGGAUCUAUAUGGGUCCGGCACCAGAUAUACGAAAUGGACACACAGUUCGCUUCCCUGAAGGAAGAUAUGUCAGCAGUAUGCACCUGAGAACAAGAGUGGUGGACAUUGACAAAGAACUCAAGCUCGAUGAAGUGGAUAUGGACCUCCCUUCACCGUCGAGGCGAUUGAGAAGGAAGUCUGCGUCUACCAGGGUGGACACCGGACCGGGAGUUGGAGGAGAUCAAGACAACCUACCAGCAGAAGAUUUCGAUCCACAUCAUGAUCCACCUGGGAAAGAUGCAGACGAUGAUGGGCGAGGAGUGUUUGGAGAAGAUGAUGAAGAUCUGGAGUUUCCAGUAGAUUGGGUGGAUGGUCCAAUAGCAGUGGACAAUCUUUUUGACGACCUACCAGCAGAAGAUUUCGGUCCACAUCAUGAUCCACCUGGUCCUUUAUAUGAAAUGGAUGCAGCUUUACCGUCGGGGGUCCCUUCAGAUGAUGCAGCUUUACCGUCGGGGGUCCCAGGGCGACGUGUAACGGGCAAGUCUACCUUGAAGGUUUUGAGACCGCUGUCCUUGCCAGAACAAGAAGCUGAAGCGGUGGCGGAGGUCAAGUACCAGAAGGCCCUCAACGAGGACCACUUCAUGGAUAACCGGGAUGUUCUCACAUGGAGGAGUUUGUGGACUAAGGGAUGUUGCAGGAGUUCAGCAGUUUGGUGCCGUGGCAUUGUAAAGAACGCCAGCUUGGGUUGCCAUCGCGAUCUACACAAUCACCCUGGAAGCUACAAUGCCGUGUACCCCAUCAACGAGUUCAAGGGUGGUGGUAUAUGGAUACACGGUGAUCCCGAUGAAGACGAAGAAGUAUGCCGCAAGCAAGUGAAACCGGGGCUGUGGAAGGACGGAGUGCUAAGGGAGUUCGGGGACAGCCGGACGAUCUACUUUUCUCCUCGACAAUGGCAUGAAGUUCAACCUCAUGAUGGAGAUCGUUAUGUGCUUGUUGCCUACAGUCCACGGUGUUACAAUCUACGCGGUCAAGAUCGAAGGCAACUGAGUGAGUUGGGUUUCAAUGUGCUGAAACCAAAGGAAGAUGAAGGAGUGCGCAUGGGUCUUUUCAAGAAGGGUGAAGUCGAGAAGGUCGAGAAAGCAGCUUUGGAGUUGAACGAAGCACACCAGCAGUUGUUCGAGGACCUCCAAGAGCGGGCCUACGCACUACGGAUUCUUCUUGAGGAGGAGCAGGCGCUAGGAGAGGACCUCAAGGAUGCAAGUGCCGCUGUGAAGACCGAAGUCGAUACCAUUACCCAGGCUGUUGAGAACAUGAUCAAGAAUGUGGAUGAGAAGCUACAGCAAGGUGAUGCAGAUCGAGUGCGGCUUUGUGCAUUGGCGACACAGGUGCAAGAGGAGCCUGAUUAUGAGGCCAUGAUCGACGCGAUGGAGGGUGACUUACAGGUGGUACACACUGUGCCAUUAAACCAAGUCCGACCUGCAGUUGAUCGUUGGGAUGAAGCCAUAAAGAAGGAGCUGAAAAGUCUGUUUGACACAGGAACACUGAGGAAGAUAUCAUACAAGGAGGCACAAGCUCUUCAACGUGAUGGGCAGCUACGUUUGGUACCAAGUAAGGGCGUUCACACCCUGAAACCUCCAGAUGUACCAGGCCGUCGUUUGAGGAGGAGAUACAGACUCGUCCUUUGCGGAAACCAUGCAGACAAAGAGGAGGGCUACGGUUCUUUAUAUGCUGGCGGUGCUUCCAUUGAGACGUUCAGGGGGGCAUUGACCUACGCAUCUUUUCGGAAAUGGAGAGGGGCAUCCUCGGACAUUUCAUCUGCCUUCCUCCUUGCUGAUUGGCCGAAAAGUCUUUCACGAUAUGCCGUGUUGCCGCCAAAGUUUCUGGUGGACAAUGGCUACGUGGCUCAAGACGAGUGCUGGCUUGUGGAGAAACCUUUAUAUGGACUGAGAGAGUCUCCUUCGAUAUGGGUUGAUAAAGAGGUUUGGAUGGCAUUCGAUGAGAAGGGCAAUGAAAGAGCUAAGGGCUCGCUUGUUGCCCUCCUGGUGACCUAUGUAGAUGACCUCUUCUUCCUGGGAAGCACGAGUGUGGUGGAACUUCUUGAUGAGUGGGUGAGAAAAGAGUGGCCUUGCUCAGGGCUUCAAUGGGCUGAUGGUGAAGAUGGAGUCCGCUAUCUUGGAACGGAAGUCUAUCAAAGGGCUUCUGGAGCAUUUGAGUUGAAACAGACGGGCUACAUCGAGGACUUGCUGAGGGCCCAUGAGAUGACGGAUGCGUGCCCUACCAAGUUGCCGUGCCCCAAGGAGUGGAUUUCCGAGGACUUCGAAGCCUACGAGGAACAGUUUAACGAGGCGGACCUAAAGCAAGGACAACGUGCAGUCGGGGAACUUCUCUGGCUUACUAUGAGGACAAGACCGGAUUUGCAGUUUGUUGUUGGGCACAUGUCACAGUGGGUGUCGAAGCAUCCAAAGAGGGUCGAAAAGAUCGGUCGCAGAGUGUUGGCCUACCUGUCUGGCACAAAGGAGAUGCGAUUGGUCCUCGGCGAGUUCGGUGAUGUGGACACAGCGAACAAAGCAUACGAAACAAGCAGCAGCCAAAGCAGCAGCCACCACAGCGCGCACACAACAACCCAAGAUGCACAGGGUUCUACUGAAAGUACGGGUUUAACGGUGAUAGCAUACUCCGAUGCUAGUUUCGCCCCGACCGGAUCCCGUUCCUAUGGGGCCUCCGUGGUUACAGUAAACGGCAGCCCGAUUGCCUGGAAAGCAGGUCGUCAAGGGAUGGUCACAUUAUCAACCAUGGAAGCAGAGCUGCUGGAGGCAACUCAAACCGCCGUGCUGACAGAAGGACUUGCGUGCUUGCUAGACGAGUUUUGUGGAAGAAGAGUGGAGCGCUUACUUAGGGUGGACAAUGCUGCGGCCACCAGCAUGUUGUUGGGUGGUCCAGGUUCCUGGCGCACAAGGCACCUCAGAGUGCGCAGUGCACACAUCCUGGAGAGCGUUGAGUCUGGACAGCUUCGUGUGGAGUUUGUAGAAGGACUUAGGCAGCUAGCUGAUUUGGGAACCAAAAGCCACCCAAAGGCUAGGAUGUGGGAGCUAUUGCGUAUGUGGGGCUUUGAGAGCUUGCCGUCUGAAGCAGUGCAACUACAGGUGAUAAGGGCAGUGUUGCUGAGCCUGGUUACGUUGGCUUUGGAUGGGGCACCGAAGGCUCAGGCCCUCGAGGAGAAGGAGCCGUUGAAGGCAACAGGCGUUGACGAGCUGGUUUUGCUUGUAGUUGGCUGUUGUCUACUUGCAGUGCUUGGUUGGGAAAUCAUCAAGUGGAUUAGCAAGUGUGCUUGGACCCGUGCAGUUAAGGGACGAAAGGCACAACGACUUCAGCGCAUGAAGGACUUAGCCAAGGCAGCUGUUGAGAAUGAGUUAGAUCGAGUCUGGGACGUCCCGCAAGAGGCGUUUCAGGGAAGGUCUCCUGACAAGGAAGUGGAGCAAGCGGUUCAUGGUGCAAUGACUUCUGCUAUGAGCUCGGCCCCGGUGUUGUCACAUGCACGACAAGAGGGAAGCAAAAGGACUUUGAGCCGUGCGGGCAGAAUGAUUUCCACUGGAACGCAAACAGAUGAUUGGGAGAGGCCACGUGAUGUGCCCGAGGACCCUUAUGAGUAUCUGCGUUUCCCAGGGCCGUUCUACUUGACAGAGCAUGGCAAGAAUGUGCACACGAGGCAAGACUGUCACGGGUUUCGCCUAGCAUCGCAUCGUGUCAAGACCAUCGGGUUUUGCGACUGGUGUGAUGGUGCUGCACCGCUAUAUGUGAGACGAGAAAGACGAAGGGCAGCUCGAAGCACCCUGGGUUGA